CGGCGAUAGUAGUUGUUGCAGGGCGUUUGCUGCGAGCGAAAGUGUUGGCAGAAAAUUCUACAUACGCUACUAACAAAUAGCUCUUACUAAGCUGUGUUGUCGAGUUGAAGUGUUAAUAGUCUUAUAAAUAAAACAAAUCAUUGAAUAUAACUAUUUUUUUAGUGAUUGUUUUGCUUUUAAAAUUCACAACAUCCACCACUGAGAAGCGUCUGCGCAUUGCAGUUAUUGGUAGUGUUACUGCCACACUACUACUACAAUAAAAACUCAAAGUCGGCAACACCCACAAGCAUAUUACAAAAGUUAACUGAACUCAUACCAAAAACGUUAAGUGAGAGUAGUUAAGAGAGCGCCGAACUAUUGUUGCCAAUGCGCAUUACAAAUACGAACAACACACACAUAUUUACAUAUCUACGUAUUUAAGUAUUUGACAACAUAAAGAAGUAAAACAAAUAAGGAUACCGACAGUUUUGGAGAUCUUUCAACACAAAGCUUGAGUCAGAAAAAAGUCAAAAUAGCCGCAAUUGAGAGUGAACAAACAGCAAAUGGCGGUGAGAUGGCUUUCUCCCGCCACAACAUCGAAAAAAGGCGCCUAAUCGAAUUGGUGCGGCUGAAUUCGAUACUCUGGGAUUGUCGUUUGCCCCAUUACAAGCGUUCUGACAAGAAGAAGGCCCUUAAAUGGAACGAGUUAGGACGCGUUUUCGGCGUGAGUGGUGAGCGAGUGCAACGUACUUUCACAUCCUUGCGUGAAAUAUUUCGGCGUGAGUUGAAUCAUGAAAAAAUGCUGGGUGUGCGCUUCAAGUCCAAGUGGGAAUACUACGAUGCAAUGGCUUUUCUAAAGGAAGUUAUUAGAGAGCGAAAGUCUCGCGAGCGGAAUAAAACAUCCGCCGAUGCUAAUUUACCACAGCAACAACAACAACACAGCAAUAACAAUAGCAGCGCUAUCGAUGAAUAUCAAUAUUUCGCACCCAAUGAUCCUAACAAUCCAAAUAAUCAACCGCAAAUACAGAUAUCCGAACAACAGCAAGUGCAGCCUGCCUAUCCGGCAUUGCAACAGCAGCAGCAGCAACAACAACUGGGCACCUUGCCUUUGCCAUCGCAGCAGCAUCUUCCACAGUUACCACCGUCCAAUGUACCACAACCGACACAUGCACAACAAAAUUCAACUGCAACAGGUCCGCUUGACACACAACAGCAACAGCAUCUGCCGCAGUCAAUGCUAAGUAUGCAACCGGAUGUGGUCCUAGGCUUAAACGGUAAUGCGACCGCAACCCUUCACAAUCUUGGCAAUGGUAACGGUACAUUAGCUGGCAAUUCCAGACCACCUUCACAACAACAACAACAACAACAACAACAAUUACCGCCCCAACAGCCUCAGCGGCAUCAAUUUCCUCCGCCUGGCAACCAAGCUCUAGUGGCCAUUUCCAGUUCGCGAUCUUCAUCUAGCUCACCGUCAAUUUACAUAAAAGAGGAGCCCGAUUCGCCGGACACACUCUCUCUUACCACCAUAACAAUCAACGAGCACGAUUCGUCGUACUUGGCCCGACAUGCCGAAACAAAAAACAAAAAUGCUCAAAGUGUCAACUCACAUGUCAAAGGUAGUAUGCCAAUCGGUAAUAGUAAAAACAAUGGUGCAAUACGUAAAUCGAAAUCGCACAUAGACCCCUCGUCAGCGAGUUUGAUCAUUGACGAGGACUUUGCUGGGCACGACGCCGAUUUGGAUGAUCUCGAUGAUCCUGAUGUGGAUAUGCUGGACGAUGGACGUCUUUCGCCAGCGAGCACCUACACCCUAGGCAUGGCGUCGAAGCCAAAUCGUCUUACGGCACGUGAAAUACUCUAUACCAAAUUUGGGGACUUCUUGGCCGCACGCCUGAAUACGCUUAAUGAGACUGUGGCUAACGAUUUAAUGAAUCGCAUACUACUCCUGAUCGCUGAAAAGUAAUGGAAUAGCUGUCACAGCGUUAUUCUACUCAGCAGAUUUCUAUAUUCUCGUUUUGUGUGUUAAUGACAGGCAUAUCUAGAUACUAAAUUACACAUUUUAGGGUCCAACAUAUCUCUUUAAAAUAACUUUAGGAAGCCGGAUAACUCUGUGGAAUAGUCAUUUUAGGGCUUCAACAGAAUAUUGCCCAAUUGGUAGUAUUAUACUAUAUAUAUAUAUAUAUAUGUAUAUAUAUAUAUAUAUAUAUAUAUCUGUAUAUAUAUAUAUAUAUAUAUACAUUAUAUUGCAUGUGUGUGAGGGAAAUUUAUCCUGUAUGAGUCUGAAAUAAAACUAAAAGUCAUAUCAA